ACCGCCAAAACAACCUUGUUAUACCAUUUUCAGCUACUAAUCCGUAUAAUACUCCCAAGCAAAAAAAAAACAUCCACAAAACACAUAUUGAAUUGAUAAGAAUGGCCAAGAAAUCAGGGAAUUCUCUCUUCAGACUAUUCAAGCUGAAGAAAAAGAAGGAACGACGGGACGAAGGAGAUUCGGAGAGGGACGAGGCGGUGGUAAAGAAGGAGAAGGUGUACAGAGUGUAUAGGAGUGACGAAGACCGUCUCAAUUGGGUGGGUGACCCCCAAAUUGAUGCCAAAGCCACCGCUUUCAUCAACGCCAUGAGACUGAAGUAUCGGAAGAGCAGCGACACCAACGACAACGGCGACGACGUCUGGAAACAACAUUAAUCAUUUAUAUGUCGACGUUUGAAUUGGUUUUGUAUAUAUAUUGUCAUAGGACUCAUAGAUAGCAUGCAACUUUGUUUUUAUAGCAGCAAGCGCAGCGUUAGGAUGAAUGGAUUAGCAGCAACUUUAUUUAGUUGAAAAACCAGGCUAAUUAAGCUUGCUAGCUUAGUAGUUUUUAAUCUACUAGCAAGCUCUCUCGAUCAGCUACUAUGCUCCUCUAUGCAUACAGCAUACUGUAUAGAUUGUAUUCUCUCUAUGUGAUUACAGAGGAUAUCUGAUGUUAACUUCUUUACUUCACUGCCGUUGCCAAGUUCGAUGAACGUAAGAAAAAAAC